AUGGAAUACUCCGGCAGCUUCGACAAAGACGAAGUUAUCCACAACCUGACGACCAACGAAGGGUUUCGUAUGCAAGGAUGUACAGUGGAUGCGAACAGGACAAUUCUGGACAACAGUGACCAAGUCGGAAACUACAUGGAAACUGUGCAGGGUGUGACGACUCGUUGUAAAAUUUACAACAAACGUUGGAGAGCAAGAGCGUACGAGAAACCGUUGGGCAGCAUUGAAAGGACUGG